AUCGAACGUCGCUACUGUGCAGGACGCGCUCGAGACUCGCGCACGUUAUGAACCGCGCUGGCGUUGGGAUGUAGUGAAUACAUGCGUCGUUUGUUUGAACAGCGUUUAUCCUGCCGUUUGUUCUACUGAACGUAGCUGUGAAAGCGAAGAACGAGAGAAAGUCGACACAACAGCAGCAGAAUGAAUGAGUCCGAGGGACUGCGGUUCAGGAGGCUGAACAGACCUCAGAUAAUUACAGAUGAAACCCAUGAGCCACAGUACAAAGCCACAAGCACUUACAGUGGGAAGGUGUUUCGUGUGACAUUACUGACGUUAGUGGCGUUCCUGUUCCUCCCACUGCUGGUGGUGGUUUUCCUGCUGGAGUCUCCCAUUCAGCCAGACGUGUUCAGUCUCAAUGAACCACCUCUGAUGACUGGCUGUUACGAGCCCAACCUAAAGCUCAGACAGGCAGAGCGACUGUUUGAGGAUCGGCUUAUCGGCCCAGAAUCCCUUGCUAACAUUGGAGAUGUGUUAUACACUGGGACGGCUGAUGGAAAGAUCGUCAAAAUCGAGGGAAGGAGCAUUCAUGUAUUAGCAACACUUGGCAAGCCACCAUGUGGCUCUCGAGAGUAUGAACACACUUGUGGACGUCCUCUGGGAAUCCGCGUGGGGCCCAACGGCACCUUGUUUGUAGCUGAUGCCUAUCUGGGACUGUUUGAGGUCAAUCCUGUCACAGGUGAGGUGAAAUCUCUGGUGAGCACAGGGAAGAUGAUCGGUGGUCGCCGUCUGGGCUUCGUCAAUGAUCUGGAUGUGACUCAGGAUGGGAAAAAGCUGUACUUCACUGACUCCAGCAGCAGAUGGCAGCGCAGAGACUUCAUGCACCUGAUCAUGGAAGCCACGGCAGAUGGACGUGUUCUUGAGUAUGAUAUAGAGACUAAGGAAGUGACUGUGAUGAUGGAGAACCUGAGGUUUCCAAACGGCAUCCAGCUCUUCCCUGAUGAGGAGUCUGUUCUGGUGGCUGAAACCACAAUGGCCAGAAUAAGGAGAGUUCAUGUGUCUGGUCUUAAUAAAGGAGGUAUGGAUACAUUUAUAGACAACCUCCCGGGAUUUCCUGACAACAUUCGGCGCAGUUCUUCAGGUGGAUACUGGGUUGCCAUGUCCGCUGUGCGACCCAACCCUGGCUUCUCCAUGCUUGACUUCCUGUCUCAAAGACCCUGGUUAAAGAAGCUCAUAUUUAAGCUCUUCAGUCAAGAUACUCUGUUGAAGUUCGUGCCGCGCUACAGUCUGGUGGUGGAGCUGCAGGACGGAGGGACAUGCGUGCGCAGCUUCCACGACCCUCACGGCAUGGUGGCGGCCUACAUCAGCGAGGCACACGAGUACAACGGCCACCUGUACCUGGGCUCCUUCCGCUCGCCGUAUCUGUGCAAGCUGGAUCUGAGCAAAGUGUGAAGCGCGUCACGAGCCACACAUAC